CCAUCUCACUGCAAAACAAUUUCCUCACUAUCUAUCCUCCAAAUCACAAAAAAAUAUUUCUGUCAUUCUCUUCUCUAUCGUUAUGGCUUCAUCACUUCUGACAUCUUCCGGAACGAUCCCUACCACCGGUUCCAACAUGGUUGUCCGGUCAUUCUUACCCUUUGGAUCUGUCCGCUUGAUCCGUCCGUACAACAAGUCGUUCUUGGCCAUCUCAUGUUGCUCCUCUGUGUCCGAAAAAGCUGAGACUAGUGCUACUGACUUGAAGCCUGUCGUGGAACGGUGGCCAGAGUAUAUUCCGAACAAGCUCCCCGACAAGAACUAUGUGCGUGUAUUCGACACGACGCUCCGUGACGGCGAACAAUCUCCCGGAGCAGCACUUACUCCACCACAUAAGAUAGAGAUUGCUUGGCAGCUCGCUAAGCUCCGAGUAGACAUCAUGGAAGUUGGUUUCCCUGCGUCUUCAGAGGAAGAGUUUGAAACCAUCAAAACCAUCGCCAAGACCGUGGGGAACGAGGUGGAUGAGGAAACAGGUUAUAUCCCAGUGAUAUGCGUCAUCGCACGAAGCAAAGAAAGAGAUAUUAAAGCGGCUUGGGAGUCAGUGAAGUACGCAAAGAGGCCGAGGAUACUCAUAUUCACUUCUACUAGUGACAUUCACUUGAAAUAUAAGUUGAAAAUGAAUAGGGAAGAAGUCCUCGAGAUGGUCGUACGUAGUAUUAAGUUUGCUAAAAGUUUAGGCUUCGAAGACAUCGAAUUUGGUUGUGAAGAUGGCGGCAGGUCGGACAAGGAUUAUAUAUGCAAGGUUUUUGAAGAAGCGAUCAAAGCGGGUGCAACCACCCUGGCCUGCCCGGACACGGUGGGGAUCAACAUGCCCCGAGAAUACGGAGAGCUUUUGAGAUACGUUAAAGCAAACACUCCUGGAAUUGAUGAUGUUAUCUUGAGCACUCAUUGUCACAAUGACCUUGGUGUUGCUACCGCCAACACAAUCGCCGGUAUAUCUGCGGGAGCACGACAAGUCGAUGUAACAAUCAAUGGAAUAGGUGAAAGAAGUGGAAAUGCACCGCUUGAAGAGGUCGUGAUGGCUUUGAAAUGUCGAGGAGCAUACCUGAUGGGUGGUGUUUACACAAGAAUAGACACACGCCAAAUUAUGGCUACUAGCAAGAUGGUUCAAGAAUAUACUGGCUUGUAUGUUCAACCACACAAGCCUAUAGUUGGAGCCAACUGUUUUGUUCAUGAGAGCGGCAUUCACCAGGAUGGGAUAUUGAAAAAUCGGAGUACAUAUGAGAUCUUAUCACCAGAAGAUAUUGGGAUUGUAAAAUCUGAAAAAUCCGGCAUUGUUCUUGGAAAGCUUAGUGGACGUCAUGCAGUGAAAGGUCGACUGAAAGAGUUGGGAUAUGAAAUCAAUGAUGAGAAAUUGAACGAGGUUUUCUCACGGUUCAGAGAUUUAACCAAGGAGAAAAAGAGAAUCACGGAUGAUGAUCUCAAGGCAUUAGUAAUGUGUGGUGAUGAAAUCUUCUCCUCCGAGAAGUUAAACGGCAAAGAAAUCAAUAGUAACAGCUAUGUACCAGCCCCUCAAAUUUCCUCCGCGGUAUAACACGUUUUAUGUUUAUCUACCAAUGAAAAAUCAAGUCGCAUUUGAUAUACAUAUUUUGUGGUAAUGAAUAAAACAAUAUUGAGAUGAAAAACUUAAGUACUAAUUAAUCACUUACCUGGGAGGUGCAAAGGGUUCAAUUUGUCACCCACCUACCGAACUGGUGUUGACAUAAGCGAAUCAAAUAUGAGACCGAUUUGGUAUUUAUUUGAGACGCAUAAAACCAUUUGUAUGAAUAUAUAAACACGUAUAAUUAAUGAAUAAGUUGAUAAAAUAUAAACUAAGAUCAUCCAGUUUUGACAAAAGCGCGUUGUCAUGAACAUGAAGUGAUGGAGGCGAAGUCAAAGAGCUUAAUUUUAUACCGUCCAAAGCUUCAGAUGUUUAGUUAGUGGAAACCACGUCCCAACGUAGUGCCGAUCGUUUUAUUAAGAACCACUCACACGUCACAAUUAAACCGUUUUAACUUUUAAUUACAACAGUUAUUCAAGUCUCCAUGAGUAAGUAUAUCAGGGCAGGUAAUAGGAAAAACAAGGUGAAAUAUUCGUAUUCUCCCCUGAACUUUAAAAAUCUAUUAUACGUAUGUCAAUCUUUAGAAAUUUUUUUUAAAUUUUUUUUUUUU